AUAGACCCCAGUGUGGUCCUUAGCAUAAUGCCCAGCAACUCCUAUCCCUACCUCCACGUGGUACCGACUGGGAUACGAGCAACCAAGGGAAGAUCGGUUAACCGGUGGGAACUUGGUCGUAUGCUGACAGGGAAGGGGGAGUUGUUUUCCUUGGAGAGCAGCUUGCCUGAGCGUCUGUUCCCCAGGUCAGGGGCGGCUCAAACAGCGACUGAUCCGGAGCGGACGGCUGAACUAUGAAAUGUGGUGUCUCGCCAGCUACACCCAAGACGGCAGCCCCGUCGCGAGACUAGGCAUCGCAGCCCUAGUAAGGCAGCAUGCUGAAAAUAAACAUACUACGAACAAUCCAGAGAAUGAUACGAAUCGGAACAAUCGGUAUAGACCUAGGCAAACGAAAAAGGACAACGAUUGGAGACUUGGUACUUGUAAUGUUAGGACUUUGCUCGAACCGGCACGCGUGGGCAUCUUGGCCAGAGAGUUACGGAAGGCAAAAGUGGAGGUAGCAGCCAUCCAAGAGGUGCGGUGGCCUAAAACCGGAGAACGUGAAUUCCGGGCGGUCGAUCCGACCGCGGGCACUUCUUUCAAGUAUCACAUCUACUACAGUGGCGGCGAUAGAGCGGGACGGGGCGUCGGUUUCGUACUACUUGGUAACCAAAUGAAGCGUGUUAUUAGGUGGAGGCCUAUUAAUGACCGUCUAUGCGUAUUGAGGAUCAAAGGCAGAUUCUUCAAUUACAGCCUUAUCAACGUGUACGCGCCGACAAACGAUAAAACCGAUGACGUAAAGGAGGAGUUUUAUGAGCUCCUCGAGAAAACGUAUGGAGAGUGCCCACAACACGAUAUAAAGAUCGUCAUCGGAGAUACGAACGCACAUGUCGGACGAGAGGAGUUCUUUCGUCCCGUUAUUAGUAGGGAAAGCCUUCACUCUACCACCAACGAAAACGGCUUGAGGCUAGUGAACUUCGCCGCGGCCAGGGGAAUGGCCAUCUGUAGCACCCAUUUUGCACGUCUGAAUAUUCGGAAACACACCUGGAGACACCCCAAUGGAGAGGCCUGCUCCCAGAUCGACCACAUGCUGAUCGACGGCCGGCACUUCUCAGACGUCAUAGAUGUGCGGUCCUUUCGCGGGCCAAACAUCGACUCGGAUCACUAUCUCGUGGUAGGCAAGAUUCGCGCCCGGUUGUCCAAUGUAUUUAAAUCGAGAUCGGCGAGGAAGAUACAUCUGGACAUCCAGAGGUUAUCAGCGGAAGGAGUUGCUGCAGAGUAUACUCGGAAAGUUGAUAGACGAGUCGGUGGACCAGCUGGAGAGGACCUGAACGAGCAGUGGAAGCACAUCCUUGAUGCGGUCAGCGAAACAGCGCGAGAGGUGAUAGGCAUGACAACGGGAACCACGCGUAGUGGGUGGUUUGAUGCUGAGUGCCUAGAGGUGACGAAGGAGAAGAAUCGAGCCUACGCCAACACGUUAGUAGCAGCUAAUCGUGUAACGCGUCAGAUGCGGGAGAAAUACCGGGAGGCAAGAGCUGCCGAAAAGAGGCUUCAUCGCCGUAAGAAACGUGAGCACUACGAUCGCGUUCUCGCGGAGGCGGAGAAUUGCUUCACCAGGCACGACACGAGGAGCUUCUAUAGAACGAUCGACGGAAUCAGGAACCGGACCGUGCCAGUACCUGCCAUGUGCAAUUACAGGGAGGGGAACCUAAUUACCGAUAAAUCGCAGGUGGCCAGGCGUUGGAAGCAACAUUUCGAAGUGAUGUUGAACGGCGAGGAAGGGAGGAGAGUCGUCGAGGGGAACAGGAUAGAAAUUGGGGAGGACGGACAAGCUGUGGACCCACCAACAUUGGACGAGGUGAAGAAUGCUUGCAAAGAGCUUAAAAAACAACAAAGCCGCUGGGAAGGACAGCUUACCGGCCGAACUUUUCACCAGAUUAUCCUAAGGGUAUGGUCUGAGGAACAACUACCUACGGACUGGUUGGAAGGACUCAUAUGCCCUAUCUACAAGAAGGGACAUAGACUCGAGUGUAGUAAUUAUCGAGGCAUAACCCUCCUCAAUUCCGCUUACAAAAUUCUCUCCCGUAUCCUGUUCCAACGACUGAGGCCGUUGCAGGAAGCCUUUGUUGGAGAAUACCAAUGCGGUUUUCGAGUGGGGCGAUCUACAACGGACCAGAUGUUCACCUUGAGACAGAUCCUCGACAAGUUUCGAGAACAUAACCGGCAGACACAUCAUCUGUUUAUAGACUUUCGAGCGGCGUACGAUACGUGCGACGCUCGACGGUUUCACAUCAUGCGUCAGGACAGCGGGCGAAUUUUCGGACGCGUUUGUGACGGUAGAUGGUCUGAAGCAAGGUGACGGGCUCUCGAACUUGCUGUUCAACAUAGCUUUGGAAGGUGCAAUACGAAGGGCAGGUGUGCAGAGGAUCGGCACCAUCAUCACUCAGUCUCACAUGCUUCUGGGCUUUGCGGACGACAUUGAUAUAAUUGGUGUUAACCGUAGAGCAGUUGAGGAGGCCUUUACGGCUCUCAAAAGGGAAGCUGCGAGAAUUGGACUCACCAUAAACACUGCCAAAACGAAGUACAUGGUGGCUGGCAGAGAGCGUGGUAGUUCUACGGGUGUUGGUGCUGCGGUGGAGAUGGAUGGGGAUACUUUCGAAGUGGUCGACGAAUUUAUAUAUCUUGUUACUCUCGUGACAUGUGACAACGAGGUGAGCCACGAGGUGUAGAGGUGGAUUGCGGCGGCGAAUAGGGCUUAUUACGGAUUGCGUAGCCAACUUAGGUCCCGUAGCCUACAGAUCCGUACGAAAUUUGCGCUCUAUAGGACUCUGAUCCUACCGAUGGCGCUCUACGGACAUGAAUCGCGGACGUGGAAGGAGGCCGAUCGACGAGCGCUUGGGGUCUUCGAGCGUAGAAUCCUGCGAUCAAUACUCGGAGGCAAACUAGAGAACGGGGUGUGGCGCAGGCGCAUGAAUCACGAGCUGUACGAAGUAUACAAACACGCUGAUAUUGUCAAGCUGAUGAAACACGGCAGGUUACAGUGGGCUGGCCAUGUAGCACGGAUGGCGGAUGAGCGACCGGCAAAGAUAAUAUUUAGUAGAGAACCGGAUAGAGGCCGACGACUUCGAGGCAGACCGCGCACGCGCUGGAUGUGUGCUGUCGACGAGGAUGCCAGAGCAGCGGGUGUAAGGGGAGACUGGAGAGUAGCAGCCCAAGACCGAGUUUUGUGGAGACGUAUUCUGGAUUCGGCAUAGGAUCUCAAUGAUCUGUCGCCAUAAAAUUAAAAUUUAUUUAUGCUCAAAAGCAUAUUAUGUAGUACAUCAUGAGCAAAACUACUACUGCAAUAAAGGUUUACUUUAAAUUAUAAAGCGUACGAUGA